AUGAGGGCGGCGCUCCGCGCUCCGCUGCGGGCAUGCGAUUUUGUUCCUGCGCCGGUGCUCCGAUAUACCUCGUCUACUUCUUGGAUUCGCCCUUUCCAGCGCGCAUCGGGCCCCUGGUCUAUUCACAAACCAGUCUCUAACUCAGCACGAGCCCUUAGAAACACCCGCCAACUGCGUCCACGAGCACCGUUGGUAGCGUCAAUACCACACGCUUCUUAUUCAACCAAGACCUCUGCCUUGUUUGGUGCGGCGGAGAAGGCGAGCGGCGGCAAUGGCAGGAAACCACCGGGGUCGGAAUGGUCACGGAGGAAAGUGAUCACGUAUACGGUUGUUGGUGGAACUAUACUCAUCGGAGUGGUGGCAUUCUCAGACAAUGUUCAGCACCUCUACCGUGCUGCGGCGAGAACGGGGAGGGUCGUUGGCACAUUGGCCGUGUGUAUCAAUGACUAUCGAGUAACCCUCAACCGGGAAACAUCCUCACCCGAAGAACGAAACGAGGAACUCCAAGCAUGUCACAAGCGUUGCGCAGAGCGGACCCUAAGGGUUCUCGAGAAGAAUGGCUCCAUUUUUAUUAAGCUGGGACAACACCUCAGUAGUAUGGGCUACUUGCUGCCAUUAGAAUGGACUACAACCUUCAUUCCGCUUCAGGAUAAAUGCCCUGUCUCCUCAAUCGAAUCAAUCGAAGAAAUGUUCAUCGCCGACACCGGCCGUCGAAUCGACGAGCUCUUCUCAAGUUUCGAUACAGAGCCCAUUGGCGCCGCUUCCCUUGCCCAAGUUCACAUUGGUAUUCUGAAGGAAACAGGUCAGAGGGUUGCAGUCAAGGUGCAGCAUCCAGCAUUAGCGGAAUGGGCCCCCUUGGAUCUGGCAUUGACCAGAUUCACCUUUUCCACCCUGAAGCGCUUCUUCCCUGAGUAUGAUUUAGAGUGGUUAUCGAAGGAAAUGGACCUAUCCUUGCCACAAGAACUAGAUUUUAGGAUGGAAGCCGACAAUGCGAGGCGGGCUAGCAAGUACUUUAAGGAACAUUCAGAUGCGCCGCUUGUCAUCCCAGAAGUUAUGUGGGCUCAGAAGCGCAUACUCGUCAUGGAGUUCUUGUCCGGCCGUCGACCGGAUGAUCUAGAGUUCCUGGAUUCCAACAAUAUUGAUCGUGACGAAGUCUCCGCUGCCCUAGCGCAUAUCUUCAACGAGAUGAUUUUUGGCGACAAUGCUCCUUUGCACUGCGAUCCUCAUGGUGGCAAUAUUGCGAUUCGCAAAAACCCUAACCGGCGCGGUCAAAACUUCGACAUCAUCCUCUACGACCAUGGAUUGUACCGUGAUAUCCCCCGUGAUUUGCGUCGCAACUACGCCAAACUGUGGUUGGCGGUCAUCGAAGCUGACGAGGCACACAUGCGCGAGUAUUCCCGUAAGGUGGCGGGCAUUACGGACGAGCAGUUCCCUCUCUUCGCUAGCGCAAUCACCGGUAGAGACUACACCAAGUUGACCAAGAAGAACAUCGCCACCACACGAACAACUGCGGAGAAGGAGAGCAUGUCCGGCGCUCUUGGAGAGGGCAUGUUGCAGCAGCUGGUCGAACUGCUGGGCCAGGUACCCAGAAUCAUACUCCUGAUUCUUAAGACCAAUGACCUCACCCGCAGUCUCGACGAAAAUCUCCACACCAGACAAGGCCCCGUCCGCACAUUCUUGAUCCUCGCUCGCUACGCCACUCGCACUGUCUUCGAAGAACAAAUGGACCUCAUCCACGAAACGGGCGGUCUUCUCCGUCCCUUCAACUUCCUUCGCUUCCUCUCUGCUUGGACCGGGUUCCUCCGCGUCGAGCUCAAGCUAUCGGUCUACGAGACACUGCUGUCUCUAAAGAGUCGGCUCGGACUACUCUAG